AUGGCCUCCUCUCAAGCUGUAGAGGAGAGCAAUCAUGAUGGCAAUGCCCACAUCAUUGCCUCUCGAGCGCUGCGCAAGGUUGACAUGCGACUCAUCCCCCUCUUAUUCAUAACGUACAUGUUCAACUUCAUGGAUAAGACAAUCCUCUCAAGCGCUAGCGUAUUUGGCCUGAGAGAGGAUACGCACCUCGUUGGCCAACAAUACAGCUGGGUAUCCAGUAUGUUCUACUUCGGCUACUUCUUCUGGGAAGUACCAACAAACUACCUCAUCCCGCGACUCCCCGUCGCAAAGUACAUGGCCUUCAACACCUUCUUCUGGGGCGCCGUCGUCGCCCUAACAGCCGCCUGCGUCAACUACGGCGGCCUGCUCGCCGUGCGAUUCCUCCUCGGCGUCGCAGAAGCAACCAUCACGCCCGCCUUCAUGUUCAUAACAACAACAUGGUACACCCGCGACGAGAUCCCCUUCCGAACGGGCCUCUGGUUCUCUGGAAACUCCGUCGGCGGCCUCGUCGCCAGCCUCCUCGCCUACGGCAUCGGCCACAUCGACCACCCCCUCCACCCCUGGAUGUGGAUGUUCAUCAUCCUCGGCCUGGCCACCUUCCUUUGGGGCUUCGUCCUCCUCAUCUUCCUCCCCGACAGCAUCUCCACCGCCGCAUUCCUCACCCCCGAAGAACGAGAAUAUAUGGCCCACCGCGCCAUCAUCGCUGGAACAGGCCGCACCGAGAAAACAACCUGGAAAUGGCCCCAGGCCAUCGAAUGCCUCCAGGACCCAAAAACAUGGCACCUCUUCGCCAUCGCCAUCCUCACCCAGAUCCCCAACGGCGGCACCCAAAACUUCGGCAAUCUCGUCAUCAAAUCCUUCGGCUUCACUUCCCUGCAAUCAACCCUCAUCAACAUCCCCUCCUCCGUCAUCAGCGUCUCCACGAUAACAGUAACGGGCUGGCUAGCAGGACACUACCGCCAAAUGAACUGCAUUCUCAUUGUCUGCAUCGUCUCCCUCUCCAUAACAGGCAGCGCCUUAAUCUACGCCCGCGCCCACCACGUCCCCCUCGGCGCCCAAUUAUUCGGCUACUUCCUCCUCGCCACGGGACCUGGCGCCCUCCCAUUGUGCAUGUCCCUCGUGCAGGCAAAUUACAGGGGCGUCACGAAGAAAAUGACCAUGACGGCGCUUAUGUUCGUGGCGUAUUGCGCGGGGAAUAUUGCCGGUCCACAGUUGUUUCGGGCGAGUGAGGCGCCGACGUAUCAGACUUCGUUUCGGGCGAUCUUGAUCUGCUAUAUUAUUUCGGGAGUAUUGGCGGUCUCGUUGAGGGUUUAUUUGCAGGUUACUAACACGCGGAGGGAUCGGAUGGAGGGCGUGCAGGGGGAUGCGAGUUUGGCGGGGGUGGUUGGAGGGAAGGUGGUUGAGACGACUGGGGGGAGGAAGAAUGGGGUUGAGGAGCUGGUGAGGUCUGUGGAUUUGCGGCCGGAGGAUUAUGAGGAUGUUACGGAUUGGGGGACUGUUGGCUUUCGGUAUCGGUUGUAG